AUGGUAGGGUUAAAAAAUUUCCGUUGAUGAAGUUAGCGGUAGCGGGGAAGUGAAUAAAGUGAGGUAUAGUUUCAUAACCGUUCGAGUUGUGCUUCUGCGUGUGCUUGUGCUUCUACUUCUACUUCCACUUUUAGGGUUUUCCAGUCUUCUAGCCUCUGCGUGUCCAUGCACAAUCUUUCUCCAUUGGAACUCGCGCUGUUGUGUGUGUAGGGUUUGGGUUUGACAAUGGAUAAUUAUUACCUUUCUCAACACUCCCAAUUCGAAUCUGAGACUGACGCCUACAAUGCUGAUGUCAAUGGCGAUCACGCUAAGCCUUCUUUCAAUCGUCGCGAUUCCUCUUCAGGAAAACUCUUCGUUGGAGGCAUUUCUUGGGAGACUUCUCAAGAGUCAUUUUUUAAUUACUUCAGCAAAUAUGGAGAAGUAACAGAUUCAGUGAUAAUGACGAAUAAACUUUCUGGAAGGCCACGUGGGUUUGGCUUUGUAACAUUUGCCGAUUCAGCUGUUGCAGAUGAAGUUUUGGCACAAGAACAUACCAUUGAUGGCAGAGUGGUUGAAGUGAAGAGGACAGUCCCUAGGGAGGACAUGGAAGUUAUUGGAGUAUUAAAAACAAAGAAGAUAUUUGUUGGGGGAAUACCCCAGUUUUUCGCUGAUGAUGAUUUGAAGGAAUACUUUUCACCUUAUGGAGAUGUUAUUGACUGCCAAAUCAUGCUAGAUCACAAUAGUGGGCGAUCUAGAGGCUUUGGAUUUGUCACUUUUGACAAUGAAGAUUCAGUUGAUAAGGUUUUUUCAGUGGGGAAAAUACAUGAAAUUGGAGGCAAGCAGGUUGAGAUUAAGAGAGCUGAGCCCAAAAGAUCUGCAGUUGAUAACAGCAGCAACACCUCACGAAAAUCAUAUGGUGGUUUUGGCAAUGGAAUGGAUGGAUAUGGCGGGAAUAGUUCUAGAAAUCGCAAUCAUGGAAAAAGAGGUGGACAGUAUUCAGAUUCUGGAAUGAACGGAGCAUAUAACCAUUUUGAGGGGAGCUUUAAUGGAAAUGCUGCCACUGUUUAUGGUGGCUAUUGUGGAUAUGGUUAUGGAUUUGGAUAUGGUGGGCCAAUGUAUUGCUUUGGCGGUUAUGGAGUCAAUUCAUAUGGUAAUCCUAUGGGUUAUGGUGGCAUUGCUUCCUAUGGAGAUGGUAAUGCAUAUGGAAGAACUGGUAAUUUCAAUCGCACUGGUGGCUAUGACAGUGGCAAAGUGGCUGAGAAGGAUGAUGGUCCUACUUCUGGAAGGUACCAUCCUUACUGGAAGUGAUUUGCUAUACAAAGUCAGCAGACCGUGCAAUGCCUAAUGGUAUGGCUGCAGCAGCAGUACCACCCCUCAGGUUUGCUCCAGAUAUCAUUCAUUCAGAUCGCAAUUUGGAAAACAAAAAGUAUGUAAGUUGUAUCUGAUGGAUUUUGCAAAACUUGAAUUUCUUUGAUAAGUACAUGGCGGAUUUCUGGAAGCGUCAUAUAAUGAGAGAUAGACGCUGGUAAUUUAGUUACCAAAGUCCAAAAUCACACAUACACAUAAAUUUCUCGCUGCAACUAUGUUAAAUGUCAGGUUUAUAUUCAAAACCCUCUCGAGGGACAUGGUAUACAUACUAGAGCCAAGACGAGGUGAACAUUGGUUUAUCUAGGUUUUAAGCGAAUUUGUUCGAUAUGACAUAAUUUAGGAGUAAACUUAUAUUUUUGUAUAUAUUGAAAUACCUUUGAAUUGUGUUUUUAAUAUUCUGGUUGAAAUAUUUGCA